CCGGCCAGCCCGUCUCCCCCUCUUCCUCCGUCACCUAAAACUCCACUUUCCGUCCGAACCUGCCCGUUCACCGGUAACCGGUAAACCCCCCCGGGCACAGGAGCCGGGUCCGCGGACCGGAGCGGCGUCGCCACCGGAUUGUCACCGGGUUUGAGUAACGCUAGCGGCCGGACCUGCCGUGAUUCACCGCCCUGCGAGCCAGGCGGCAGCGGGCCGCAAACUUUCCUCCGCUUUGUCCCGCGUCGUUGCUCUUCGAACCGGCGGCUCGGUUCUCCGGGCGGUGACGUCAGACCGCAGGGCAGUUGUGAGCGGGCCGUCGAACCGGACGAGGCGAGCUGAGUGAGUCUUGUAACUUUUCUGUGCGGUUCGACCGCGAGCGACACAGCAGCGCCCCGCGUCAGCGCCCGCCUGUGUCCCGGUACCGACAGGCCCGGACCGGAACCAGGAGCCUCACGGCUGUGCCUCCGGUCGCUGCUGUUCGUCUGUUUGUUGUUCACUCAUGGGGACGGAGUGACCGCAGCAGCGCGUGGCUUCCACGAGACGGACGGCUUCCUGCGGUCCGGUAGAGGUGGAGUGGGAGGAGCCUAGCGAUGGCAGGUGCGUCAGUCAAGGUGGCGGUUCGGGUCCGUCCGUUCAACUCCAGAGAGAUCGGACGCAACGCCAAGUGUGUGAUCCAGAUGCAGGGAACCAGUACCUGCAUCUCCAACCCAAAACAGUCCAAAGAUGGAGCAAAGAACUUCACCUUUGACUACUCCUACUGGUCUCACACCACGGCUGAGGACCCCAGCUUUGCGUCUCAGACCCAGGUUUAUAAGGACAUUGGAGAGGAGAUGCUGCUGCACUCGUUUGAAGGUUACAAUGUGUGUAUUUUUGCAUACGGUCAAACCGGCGCAGGAAAGAGCUACACGAUGAUGGGCAAACAGGAGCCUGGGCAGGAAGGGAUCAUACCACAGCUGUGUGAGGACUUGUUUCAGAGAACAGGAGAAAAUGUGGAUCCGGACCUCACGUACUCUGUGGAGGUUUCCUACAUGGAGAUCUACUGCGAGCGGGUUCGGGAUCUGUUGAACCCGAAGUCACAGGGGACUCUGAGGGUCCGGGAGCAUCCCAUCCUUGGGCCGUACGUGGAGGACCUGUCAAAACUGGCCGUGACUGGAUUCACCGACAUCCGGGACCUGAUGGACGCUGGAAACAAAGCCCGGACGGUCGCUGCCACAAACAUGAAUGAGACGUCAUCCAGGUCCCACGCUGUCUUCACCAUCGUCUUUACCCAGAAACGACGAGACCAGAUGACGAGUUUGGACACUGAGAAGGUCAGUAAGAUCAGUCUGGUGGACCUGGCUGGAAGCGAGCGAGCUGACUCAUCUGGAGCAAAGGGCACCAGGCUCAAGGAGGGAGCAAACAUCAACAAGUCUCUGACCACAUUAGGAAAAGUCAUAUCAGCGUUGGCGGAGAUGCAGAGCAGUAAGAAGAGGAAAAGUGAUUUCAUUCCCUACCGAGACUCUGUCCUCACCUGGUUACUGAAGGAAAACCUGGGAGGAAACUCGCGGACGGCCAUGAUCGCUGCUCUAAGUCCUGCUGACAUCAACUAUGAAGAAACACUGAGCACUCUGAGAUACGCUGACCGCGCCAAACAGAUUCGCUGUAACGCUGUGAUCAAUGAGGAUCCCAACGCCAAACUGAUCCGGGAGCUGAAGGCUGAAGUGGAGCGACUGAGGAACCUGCUGUUCUCCCAGGGGCUGCAGGAGCUGCUGGACAAUGCUAUCAACAACAACCCCGGCCCCGGUGGUGGUGCAGGUGUGGCCCCCUCCCCGCUGCAGCUGGCCCUCACAACCAAUGGGGUGGCAUCUAAGAAUGGCCCAGCCUCUGCAGGGGAUCAGGCUGAACCCGAGUCUGCAGGUGAGGGACCCUCUGAUCCUGAAAACCUGACCGAGAAUGGAGAGGAGGAAGAGGAGGCUGUUGCCACGGAGACCAUCAGUAAAGAGGAAGCAGCUGAGAGACUGUUGGAAACUGAGAAAAUUAUUGCUGAACUAAAUGAGACGUGGGAGGAGAAACUAAGGAAGACAGAAUCUAUUCGCAUGGAGAGAGAGUCUCUGCUGGCUGAGAUGGGCGUGUCCAUCAAGGAGGACGGAGGGACGCUGGGCGUGUUUUCUCCCAAAGGAACGCCUCACCUGGUCAACCUCAACGAAGACCCUCUGAUGUCCGAGUGUCUGCUCUACUACAUCAAGGAGGGAGUCACCAGGGUCGGACAACAGGACGUGGACAUUAAGCUGUCGGGUCAGUUCAUAAAGGAGAUUCACUGUGUGUUCGUCAGCGAGACGAACGAGCAGGGAGAAGUUGUGGUCACUCUGGAGCCGUUGGUCGGAGCUGAGACGUACGUCAACGGGAAGCAGAUCAGCGACGCUGUUGUCCUCAAACAAGGUAACCGUAUCGUGAUGGGGAAGAACCACGUGUUCCGGUUCAACCACCCAGAGCAGGCGAGGCUGGAGAGGGAGCGCAGCGUCACAGCCGAGCAGCAGGCAGAGCCCGAGGACUGGAACUACGCUCAGAGGGAGCUGUUAGAGAAACAGGGCAUCGACAUCAAACUGGAGAUGGAGAAGAGGCUGCAGGACAUGGAGACUCAGUACCGCAGAGAGAAGGAGGAGGCUGAUCUGCUUCUGGAGCAGCACCGACUGUACGCAGACAGCGACAGCGGCGACGACUCGGACAAACGCUCGUGUGAGGAGAGCUGGAGGCUGAUCUCCUCACUGAGGGAGAAGCUGCCUGCCACCAAGGUGCAGUCCAUAGUGAAGCGCUGUGGUUUGCCCAGCAGUGGGAAGAGGAGGGAGCCGCUCAGGGUCUAUCAGAUCCCCCAGAGGAGGAGGAUCAGCAAAGACCCCAAGCGCGUUACCAUGGAAGACCUCCGCAUGCAGGCUGUGAAGGAGAUCUGCUACGAGGUGGCUCUGGGGGAUUUCCGACAUUCCCGUCAGGAGAUCGAAGCGCUGUCCAUCGUCAAGAUGAAGGAGCUGUGCCGCAUGUACGCUAAGAAGGACUCCAGCGAAAGGGACAGCUGGCGGGCCGUGGCCCAGGACGUCUGCGACACCGUGGGCAUCGGGGAGGAGAAGAGUCCCCCCAUGGAGGAGGGGGGAGGAGGAGAGACGGGCGAGGGAGGAGACAAAGGGAAAGUGUAUGACCUGAAGGCUCACAUUGAUAAACUGACUGAUAUCCUGGAGGAAGUGAAGCUGCAGAACAACAUGAAGGACGAGGAGAUCAAAGCUUUGAGAGACAGAAUGAUCAAGAUGGAGAGCGUCAUACCUGUGCAGGACGACGAUGUGAAUGGCGAAGGAGAUGGGUCUCCUCAGAUGGACGGGAGCGGGGCAGCGGUGCCAGAGGUCCGGGUCCAGCGGCUGAUGGAGGAGGACCCCGUGUUCAGGAGAGGACGCCUGCGCUGGCUCAAACAGGAACAGCAGCGAAUCCUGAACCUGCAGCAGCAGAACAUUACGAAGAAACUACGAGGACAGAACCCGACCCAAGUUCAGAACCUGCCCACUGUCCCUGUGCAUCUCCCGGGCACCGGCCGCUUCAUCCCCCCCCAGGAGUGCAAGCUGAAGUUCCCCUUCAAGAGUAACCCUGCUCACCGGUUGUCCUGGGGACCAGCCAGCGCCACCCUGCAGGCCCUCGGUCUGGGGGAGGGAGGAGAUGAGAUGGAGCAGAGGGAGGAGGGGGGAGGAGUGGAGGGUAAAGGUUCUCCCUCACCGCCUCCUCCUCUCAGUCAGCCUCCUGCUGUCCUGCCACUGCCCUUCCAGCCUCCACCUCCUCGAAUGCGCACCCCCAGCCCUCAUCGGGCCUGGCAGCAUCGUAACCAGGGGAACCAGGGCAGUUUCCAGUACAAUCACCAGGGAAACAACCAAAACUACCACCGUUACCGUCGCAACUCUUUGGACAGCUCCACUCAAGGAAACAGUAACUACGACAAUGAGCAACACCAUGGAGGUGGAGGGGGAGGUGGUCACCAGGGGCGACCCAGGCAGAGGAGGGGAGUCUCACCAGGGCCAGGGGGAGACCGAGGAGGUGGAAGAGGUGGAGGCAGCGGAGGAGGAGUGGGGAGGGACCGAGACAGAGACGCUUUCUAUUUUAAUCAACGUCAGCACCAUCAGUUUCCUCACCCCUACUACAACCCCCUUAAUGCAGCAUUCCAGCCAGGACCUCACCCCAGCUUCCACAGCCUGCCUCGCUCCGGGGUCCUGCCUCCUGCUGAAAUGCUGCUGGGGAUGGGGGUGGGCCCACCCCUGGCAGGGUGGGGUUUCACCACUCCACCCAGGAUGAGACGGCAGUUUAGUGCACCAGACCUCAAAAACAACAAUAACAAGGACGCCCCCGUCUGACCUCUGACUCCACAGUAGCGAGAGCUCUGAUUGGCUGCAGAGGUGGUCCUGAUGCUGUAGAGCAGUGUGUGUGUGUGUGUGUGUGUGUGUGUGCGCGUGUGUGCGCGUGUGUGCGCAUGUGUGCGUGCGUGCGUGCGUGUGAGAGAGAGCACUUUUACUACACUGACUCAACUGGUAAUACACCAGCUAACGUCACACACAUCCUGUAACCUCCAUCCUGCUGAUGUGUGGCUUCCUCCAGGCGUUAGCACGGGUUAAUGCUGUUGUAAUGUUUUUGCCAAAAUAGAUCACGCCUUAUUAUAGAUUUUCUGGAUCACUGAUGAUUGACUGGUAUUCUACUUCAGCCUUUUAUAACAAGGUGCCUUAAAAUGUCUCCUGUUGAAGCUUUUUUAAUAUAUUUUAAAUUUGAAGUAUGUUGUUUUUUUCAGGGCAUGACGGCUGUUUGUUUUUAAGUAGACUUGGGUUUUAGUUACUGUUAGCCCAGCAGGCUAACUAGCCUGGUUCAACAUGAGUGGUCUCUGUUAGCUUGUGCUAGUAGUCAGUUAGCCUGAUUCGUUAGCCUGCACAGCUAACAUGUCAUCUGUGUAUUCUUGUGACAUAAGACACAAGACCCAGUUUAGCACAGGUGAAAGUGUUAGCAUUUCCUAUUCUAUAGCUAGCCUGGCCUAGCCUAUUCUGGCCUGGCCUAGCCUUGCCUAGCCUAUUCUGGCCUAGCCUAUUCUGGCCUGGCCAAGGCAGCAGCACCGGCAUGUUCAUUCAGGGGCAAUCCAGUACAUACUGCUUCAUCAUUGUGUUUCUAUGCCACAGUUGCAGUCUCAGAGCCUCACUUUACGCUUAUGUUACACCUGGGUGUUGAUAUUUUAUUGUCUGAUCAGCAAUCAGCCAGUUUACGUGUAGUCACAGACUUUAAACGUGUCUCAAAAAAGUAAACAUCCACAACAUGUUUACUGACUUGUAGUUUCCUUGAAGCCACAUCACAGCCAUUGGAUUUCUUUAUUUGCCUCAUGUGACUUAGAUGCUGUCGCUGAUUGCUACAAACCAAAGAAGGCUUUGCUGUGGCGAGAGCUGACAGACCCACUGCUGUAGAGGCGGACGAGUGGAGGGGGGAGAGGUUAGAAUGAAAGACGAUAAAGGAGGUGGAUGGGGUUAUACAUGAGGAGUGUUUUAAAGCCUUGAGUGUAUAUUUGAAGUGUAUCAUGACAUAUUUUGUUUGACUUUAUGAAAAUUAAUCUAUUUUACGAGUCGGGGUCUCUGGCAAAUGGUGGGAAAUGUAGUAUGUGAGGCUUCAUGGGAGAAAUACUGACUUGGUGAACAAUAAUGGGAGAUGUAGAAAAUAAGAUGGACGAGUUUAUGUAGGGUUCUAAAAGCAAGGAACUAUGGGAAAUGGAGAGAGACGGGCAGGAGAUGAGAGAAGGCAGAGAAUGGAGACAUUUGAAUGAAUACGCGUUGUUUUACUGUAGGAGACACUAUAACUUGUUCUGUGUGAUAUUAAACUCCUGGAGGAUCUGACACCAUGGACGAGACAAGCUGCUGCCUUCACAAGCUGUCGGGGAGUUGGAAAUGUGUGUUUAUUGUCACACAGUUUUUUUUCUCUUAUCUAAAACAAAUUCAUGUGCUAUUUGAUUUUGCUGUUGCAUUCAAUGCGCCUCAGAAAUAUAGACGUUAUUAACGCACCACAACCAACGGGCCACAAAUGUCCCACUUCCUGCAUCACAGUGAAUGCAGAGUUGAUGAUCGCUGCCAUCUUCACUGUUGGCACCGCUGAACACGUCGUCGGACAGUUGGGGAGGAGCUGCCACAGUAAUGAUAUGAACAUGAACGAUGGAGAGAAACAGCAGCUUUGACAUUAGCAGUCUCGUUUUGCUCCGUUCCGAUCGCGAGACAAUCCCGUUCAGCUGCUGCCGCUUGAUGGGGCGAUCCUUUCUUUUUGUUUAUGGUUUCUAUGUUUCACCUUUUUUCCAACUUUUUUUUUCUUUUCUCAUUCUCAUAAUUUUAACUCUGCCUCCAUUCUUUACUUUGUGUUGCCACUGUCACUAUUAAUAUGAUUAUUAAAAGCUUACGUGUCAUUAAUGCUGGCUCCUUCUGGAUGCUGCUACAGGGAGCGCCCUCAUGCACCCACCUGAGUGUGUUGGUGUCUGUAGAGGUCUGUGUGUUUUGUUAUUUUUAGACAUUUUAAGUUUGUUUUACUUCAAAAAGCAGAUUGGACUGUUUUUUUUUGUUUAAUCAUCUGUUUAUUUUUUUUAUUUUAUUUGGAGAUUUGAGGUGGAGGACGAGUUUGCUAAAGGCGGCGUUGCCACGGUAACUCUGCUUAGCAGAAUUCUUGAACUCGCCCACUGAGUGGCUUCGCCCAUUCCUCCGCAUCUCUGCUCCAAUCAAAGCCUUAGACGAAGUCCGGCUCUUCUUUGUGUUGAGUUGUUGUGUCUGUUGUUGUUUUGUUGCAUCAGGAACCAAACUCAGGCUCUACCUGCAGACAACAUGAUGGCAAUAAACUGACGAGAAUCAAAAACGCAA